CUUCUCUCUUCAACAGACCAACCGAGUAUCUACAUUGUUCCAUUCCCAAACUGCCAAAAUGCUCCGUCAACUCGCACUUGCCUUUCUGGCCGCCACUGUUACAGCAGCUCCUCUUGCUAUCAAGCGCAGCGAACUCAGCACUGACGCCGUCAACUACAUCUUGGUCCUGCAGAAGGCCCAAGACGGAACCAACGCCUAUACCGAGGAGAUUAACGCUGCCGACGCAAAGGUAGUCCUCGGAGAGCGUAGUGAACUCAGCACCGACGCCGUCAACUAUAUCUUGGUCCUUCAAAAAGCCGAAGAUGGGACCAAUGCUUAUUCCGAGGAGAUCAACGCUGCCGACGCAAAGGCAGUUCUCGGGAGACGUGCCGAGCUGAGCACCGACGCAGUAAACUAUAUCUUGGUCCUGCAGAAGGCCCAAGACGGAACCAACGCCUACACCGACGAAGUCAACGCCGCGGAUGCCGCUACCGUCCUCGGAAAGCGCAGCGAGCUCAGCACCGACGCCGUCAACUACAUCCUAGUCCUCCAGAAAGCCGAAGACGGAACCAACGCCUACACCGAGGAGGUCAACGCCGCCGACGCGGCGACAGUUCUCGGUUGAGACGAGAGAGCAUAGCAUGUGCAGCAGUCGAGCUAUAUUGAUGAUAUAGCUCGGCUUGUUGGGGCGGUCGGUCUACGAGUGGAAAUAGUCUGCGGGCCCUAGGUGGUCGUGGAGAAAGUCAAGUAGCUAGCUCGUAGAGAGAUAUCGAAUUCAACGUUGUGCUCGCUUUGAUACCAGGUACUGGCUUGGAAGUGAUGAUAGAUGGUGGCAUGUCGUGUUUGGAAGUGUGGGUAUUAGAUGGGUCGUAGCUAUGAAAGUGAUAUGGUUGCGUUUUGAUCUAUGCUCGGGGACGUGUGCAAGCAAGCAAGCAAGACACAGAGUGCCAGAUAGCUCAA